GAGAGAUGUUCUAGAGAGAUGUUAAAAAGAGAUGUUCUAGAGAGAUGUUCUAGAGAGAGUUGUUCUAGAGAGAUAGUUGUUCUAGAGAGAUGUUCUAGAGAGAUGUUAAAAAGAGAUGUUCUAGAGAGAUGUUCUAGAGAGAAUGUUCUAGAGAGAGUUGUUCUAGAGAGAUGUUCUAGAGAGAUGUUAAAAAGAGAUGUUCUAGAGAGAUGUUCUAGAGAGAGUUGUUCUAGAGAGAGUUGUUCUAGAGAGAUGUUAAAAAGAGAUGUUAAAAAGAGAUGUUCUAGAGAGAGUUGUUCAAAAGAAAUGUUAAAAAGAGAUGUUAAAAAGAGAUGUUCUAGAGAGACGUUCUAG